AAACUUUGUAUUAAUGUCAUUAACAACAUACUGCAUAACCUAACUUUUAAUAUUAUAUUCUAUUAUUAUUAAAAUAAAAUAAGUAAGCCAUAAAAAUGGAAGAAGAAGGGACACCAACUGUUAGCUUAGUAUCAUGCAUGCAUUUUGUAAAGCGCGGAGUAGCAAAAGCUGUACCAGAAAAGAUUGAACUAACCGAAAAGGAAUUGGAGAAAAUAAUUAAACAAACUGCUACUGAAUUGCGUUUAACUGAGGAUGGCGAUGAUCAGAGUGACGAAGAGGCUGAAAAUGCUGAACAAGUUAGAGAUCCACCAGCUGAUCCCAAUGACGAAUUUAAUUUUGAAAAUUAUGAUCAAGAGGAAGGAAGUGAUCCAGUUGGCAUUGGGACCAUAGCUACACUUCCAAACUUAGGUGAUCUCAGUGAAAAUGUUCAAAUACGAACAGAGGGUCCCGACAGUGAUGAAGAGGAUGAUAUAAUUAAACCAGAUGACAAUCUCCUUCUAGUAGGACAUGUGGAGACUGAUGCUAGUGUAUUAGAAGUAUAUAUCUUCAAUAAAGAAGAGGGAUCAUUCUACGUCCACCAUGAUAUUAUCUUGCCCUGGUUUCCUCUCUGCAUUGAAUGGUUGAGUCAUGACCCAUCAGAUCCACAACCAGGUAACCUCUGUGCAUUGGGUGGCAUGGAUCCAGUUAUCCAAGUAUGGGACUUAGAUAUAGAAAACUGCCUAGAACCAGCAUUCAAAUUAGGCAAGAAGCCAAAUAAAAAGAAAAAAACUAAAAGAAUAGGACACAAGGAGGCUGUGUUGGACCUUUCGUGGAAUAGGAAUUUUACUCAUGUCCUUGCUAGUGGAUCAGCUGACAAUACAGUCUUAUUGUGGGAUCUGGAUAAAGGCUCCCCACACACAAAGUUAAACUACUUUGAAGAUAAGGUGCAAUCCUUGUGCUUUCACCCGCUGGAGGCGCAGACGUUGCUGUCGGGGUCGUGCGACGGUCGCGCGCGCGUGACCGACUGUCGCGCGACGGACGCACACCGCGCGUGGAGCCUGGGGCCGGAGAUAGAGCGCGUGGUGUGGGACACACACAACCCGUUCUGCUUCGCGAUGAGCAAUAAUGAAGGAAAAGUGGCUUAUGUGGACUGUCGACAAGACGAGCCUCUCUGGACAAUAGACGCUCACCAGAAGGAAGUCACAGGACUUAUAAUAAGUGAUAAUGUUCCUGGGUUGUUGAUAACGGUGGGCUCCGAUGAGAAAUUCAAAACGUGGGAUAUAACAAGUUCAUCGCCGCUACAAAUCAGUGAACGUUCAGUAAGGGUGGGGCAAGUUUUGUGCGCGUCUCAGUGUCCCGACGCGCCCUUCUCGCUGGCCGUGGGCGGAGACAACAAGGAAUGCUUCAUCGAGAUCGUGGACCUCACAACGAAUGAAGAGGUUAUGAAUCGUUUCGGAUCACGAACGCAGGCUCCAGUCGGCAACAAUGAUGCUAUGGAGUCAUAGGAAUAUUUGAUGACAUUUGUUUACAUUGUAAAAAUUAUAUUGUAUAUUAAAAAAUAUUUUACAAAUAAAAAAAUAAUUGAAUUUCUGUUUUAUUUAAUUUACCAAUAAUACUGUAAAAAUACAUUUGUAACUGUGGAAUGUAAUAUCUUUAAAAUAGCAUGUGCUCUUUCUUAGUCGGUACAUAAUGUUUUAAAUAAAUAAUUCUUAAAAAGCGACACGAAAGCCGUCACCAAAAUGUUAUUUACAACAUACCACCCUCAGUGUUGCCAUUACAGUCACGUCCUUAUAAUUUAGCCCUUGUAUCGCUGCAAACAAAAAUAUAUAAUUUUACUCUGUCUUUAAAAUGUGUGCAAAAAAUGUACGAUAACGAUUAAAUAAAUAUGUUUGAUAAAAAAAAACACUUAAUAAGAAGUAUAUUUAAGGAUUUAUAAUAAAACAAUAUUCUGUAACUGAGAUUUAUAUUUGCAACAUUGCUUACAUCAUCUAAACAAAAAUAAAAUAAAUACAAACUAGACAAAGGCAUUUUAACCUAUACAUUAUCUGUGCGAAGCUACGUUGUAUAAUUUAAAUAUGGAACUAUGCACCGCUCUAUCAGAUCAAGAGAGAUACUUUUAAUAUUGAAUUUAACAAAAUAGCAUUAUUUUUAUAAAUUCAAAACGUGGUCAAUUUUUACGACUAUUUAUAAGGCAUUAUCACAAUAAAAUGUUAAUUUUCUCUAUUGAUCUGAUAGACAAAACUUUGUGACAUUAAUAAGCUCUUCGAUACUGAGCUCUAUUUAUGGUUAUAAAUCGAGUAGUCGAAAAACUAAUAAUCGCAUAAAAUCAGGACCAAUAAGGCCACUUGUUUCAAAUGAACACAAUUUGUUCUCUACCUGUAACGGCAGUGUCA